UUGUUGAUGUGACAUUCGCGCGCCGAACGCCGGUUCGAUCGAACGUUUUAUAGCAUACCUAUUACGUAUUAGGCCUUUUUUUACGCUGCGUUUCUGCAACUAUGGAUGUUUUCUUGAAAUUUAUUUUAUUGUGUUUGUGCUACCAAUCGGCGAUUUGUAAGUUAACAUAUAAGGCAGCAGUGUUACCCGGUAAUCAAAGAAACGGCGCCAAGGAUUAUAUUUCUCAGAUGAAUAAAUUUUCAAAUCAGGAUGUAGAUAUUGUAUUACUGGCUUCCGAAGUUUUGGACUCUGAAACUUACGGAAAAGUGGACUGCACUCCUGAUAAUUAUGACGAGUUGAUACGGGACUUUUCAUUGUUAGCGAAGCGAUUCAACGUGUAUUUGGCCACACAUUUGUACCAGAGGUUGCAAUGUCAUAGCAAUGUUGAGGUUGUGAAGAAUAAUUUAGUGUUUGAUAGAAAUGGAGCUAUUGUUGCUGUAUAUACGAAACCUUUAAACAACUACGCAAAAUGUAAUGUAACGUCUCAGACAACAUUUACCACCGACUUUGGAGUCGAAUUCCUUGUGUUAAUGGAGGAAGAUGUAUUACUCCAAGAUUUAAAAAACUUGAAAACACAGAAUAUCAUUGUUACUGGAGGAUCUGCGGAUAAUAUUGUGUAUAUAAAAGGGAAUCAGUUGAUUUCAUCUUUGGCGUAUAUUACUGAUGUAAACAUAAUUUCUGAUGAUGGUAUCUACAUUGGUAAAGGCGGUCUGAAGUCCAAAGGUCAAGUCUUGGAGAUUAAUAAGAAUGGAAAAGAUAAACAUAAUACGUUACAUUUCAAUCCAAUCAACAUACGUGAUCUUCCUCUGGAGGAUACAAACCAGUACAUCAUCAGGCCGCUGGACGUGGCGGCCAGUCUGCCAGGGUAUGAGGAGACUGUCUGCGAUGGAAACUUCUGUUGUCAGUUCUACGUCAAAACUAGGAGUCUUGGUACAAAGUCCGCGGAGGCUCACUACGGCCUGUCUGUGUAUUCUGGCGUUAGGAGAAUGGGUGUCCAUUACUUGGGUGUGGAUUCUUGCAAGCUGGUUGUUUGCGCAGCUCUGUACAAACGAACCUGUGUCCUCGGACUGGAAAGUAAUAUGAAUGUUACAUUCGAAAAGAUAUCGAUAAAAGGUAACUUCACGGCACAUCACUCGUCGCAGCUCCCCGUCAUCUUGACAACACAGACGUCAGUGUCAUCUGACAGCUUCGCUUUCGUCAAGAAAUUGACGAAACAUGUUGAAGUGUCAGCUGAGUUGUCAAAUGUUAAAAAUAUAUUGAAAUUUGGUAUUUUAAAUCGUGAUUUUACAAGAGAUUAUAAUGAUAAUUUUAAUACUAAUAAUACAGCUAAAUCGUACGAUGAAAAUGGUUUUUACGAGUACAUAUUAAAUGAAGAUGUAUUUGAAUUUUUUGAUUAUUUAUGGAUAAAGGUUAGGGUCUUAAUUUUAAUUGUGUCUAUUUAUAUCUUAGAGAUGAUGUAAGGAUUACCAAUCGGGUUUAAAAAUAUUAGCAACGUAUAACCAUUAGAGGAAAUAUACCACUAUCUUUCUUUUUUGCAACUGGAGUGAAAGAGAAAAACUUCGAGUGGUUAAUAGGGCUGGUACCUUAUGGAUUGAAAAGUUUUGGUUGUUAUUUUGAUAAUUGGCAGCCCUAAUUAGGUAUAUAAGAAAGAACUAAAAUAUUGCUAUUAUAUGGUAUUGUACAUUUUUAUAAUUUAAAAUCUGUGUUCUUCAAUUUUAUUGAUAUUUGUAAUGUAAAAGUAACAUUUAAAACUUAAUUUAAAUUUUGUAGUCCAAUAACAUAAAGAUGUUAAGAACCUUGAAUAAAUUUUCUUUACAAAUGUUAUUAAAACAUGGUGAAUUCACUAAAAUUAUUUAUAAAUAAUUAUGAGUAAGUAUUGAGUUAAGUUUCUAUAAUUUAAAGCUAUGAAAACAUUGUAAAUUUUUGAAAUUAACGAAUACAAUUUAACGGUACACAAGUCUUUACAAACAAUACAAUAAAAUGGCUUAAAACGAAAUUAAAAUUGUUACAAUAAAAACUUUCCACCAUUUUGUAUUUUUUAAAUAUAACUGGCAGCAUUUGUUUGUCAGCAAAACUAUUGAAGGUUAUGAAAUGUAUUUAUGAAUUUUAAUGGUUGAUUUUUCUGAGAAAUGGAACGUUAAUAUUUUUAUUUUUAUUCUACAAUAAUGUUACGGGUAAAGGUGACCUAGUGAUAGAUUCUUUAUAUUUGUAAUCUUAAAAUCUUUGGAUAUUUCAAAUAAUUGGAACAUUAUUUUACAUGUAGUUUGCUGCGUUUAAAGUAUGUUUUAUUUCAAAGAUUGUAAAAUGGCAACAUUACUGAAUCACGACUGAUUACUGUGAUAUUAGUGUUAUAUGGCUAUAAAUACAUUUCAAUA